AUGGCGCUGCCCGCUGCCUUUCUGUCUGAAGAUCAGUUCACCUGCUCCAUCUGUCUGGAAGUAUUCAACAAUCCAGUUUCAACACCAUGUGGUCACAGUUUCUGCCAGUCUUGCAUCUGUUCCUACUGGGAUGGAGGAGGACGGGGUGCAAAGUCUUACCAGUGUCCCCUAUGCAAAGAGGCCUUCCAGAAGCGUCCGGAGCUACACAUCAACCGAACUCUGAAGGAAAUUACUGAACAAUUCAAGCAGAUGGCCAACUCUAAUUUGUCAACAACAGAAAUAGUCAUGGGACGGGAGCCUCCUAACGCACAGCCUUACAAAAGUCUGUCUGCACCUCAAAGACCGGGGGACAUGCCGGAGAAUAUAUUUGUUGAGAUGGUAGCACGUUUUCAGCAGCUGAACCCUGCUGGAAUGCCACGAGGCAGUCCCAUGGAAUCUCAAAGCUUCUUCCUUCAGACACAGAACAACGGACUCCAAGACCCACCACCACCGUACUCCACUGCCAACAGCAUGGGAAGUCCAGCUGAUGUCUCAUCUAACCUCCCCCCAUGCCCCACCCACCUGAGAGGCCUGGAGUUCUUCUGCCGCACCGAUAACAAGUGUGUGUGCAGCGCCUGCACGGAGACAGCCGAGCACCGCGGACACAACAUCGUGUCUGCCAAGCGAGAGUGGCAAAUCAAGAAGUCUCAAGCAGAGUUCACAGAGGUGGAACUGAAGGAGCUCAUCUCUGACCGAGAGAGGAAACUGGAGGAGAUCCAGAGCUCCCUCCGAGAGAUCAAGACUGCCGCUGAGAAAGAAACCGACGAGGCUGUUUGUGCUUUUUCCAAGCUGAUCUCCAGUGUGGAGCACUGCCAAGGCAAAUUCUUGGAGGUGAUCGAGACGAGCCUUCGAGCAGCAGAGAGCAGAGCUCAGGGUUUGAUCAGAGAGGUGGAGGAGGAGAUCGCUGCCCUCAAGAGGAAGAGCUCCGUGCUCAACCAGCUGGCUCAGUCUGAAGACUACAUCAACUUCCUCCAGAAGUUCCCCACCGUGUCCACACCCCCACAGCUUAAAGACUGGUCUGGCGUCUCGGUGUCUUCUAUGCCGAUAUCGGGGUCGAUCCUCAGGAGUCUCGGUCAGAUGGUGGAGCAACUUCAGGAAGAGACGAGGAAACUGACAGAAAUCUGCCCACCACCCUCACCAGCUCAGCCUGUCCCGCGGCCCAACCCAAAGGUCAGAAGGGUUCAAGAAUAUGCAGAGGACAUCACCUUAGACCCCAGCACCGCCCACCCACGCCUCCAAAUCUCCCCCGAUGGGAAGCAGGUGCGCUGCAGUGAUCGCCAUCAGCUGGUCGCAGACAACCCGGAGCGCUUCGACCGCGUGGUGUGUGUGCUGGCCCACCAGGGCUUCAGCUCAGGACGCCAUUACUGGGAGGUCGACGUCGCAGGAAAGACGGACUGGGACCUGGGAGUGGCGAGCCGGUCCGUUAAUCGAAGGGGUAAAAUCAACGUAAGCCCCGCCCACGGCUACUGGUUCCUGAGCCUGCGGGAUCGGACCGACUUCGCCUUCCGAACAGAUCCCUCGACGCCCCUGACGGUCGGCGUCAGACCCUCUCGGAUUGGGAUCUAUGUGGACUGUGAUAAAGGCCUGGUGUCGUUCUACAACGUGGAGGCCAAGCUGCUCAUCUUCUCAUUCACAGAUAGUUUUCCAGACACCGUGCACCCGUUCUUCAGUCCCUGCACCAACAAAUCGGGACAAAACGAGGCUCCGUUAACCAUCUGCCCCGUGGCAAUUAAAGAUUAAAACGAGCGUUUACCAAAUAAAACGCAGGAAGUGGUUCGUAUGUGGUGCAGGUUCAGCUCCACAUGUAGAAGACUGGAUUAACCCUAAACCCUGACCCGUAAUCCCUAACCCUGAGGUUUCAGAAGCAGAAAACAGUUCUGAUGCAGCCUCAACAAUUAUUUUAAAUAUUUUAGGAUUGUUCCAAUCGCUACGAAACAGACUGUUAGAUCUAAAACUAAACGCAUGGAUUAGACA